AUGAACGACGAGCUUGUAACAUCUCGCUGGAGCGACAGCUCAGAAGAAUCUCUACAAAGACGACCAAGUCUGUGGAGGCGAGGGACGACAGAACGCACCACGCCACAAGCUGAGAAAGGAAAGGUCCCCCUACAUCGUCGCAUAGCCAAGGCCCUGGGCCUCAAAAGAGACUCGAAGGACAAAGUCGACCCCAACGACUCCAACAUUACGGGGAUAGUCUCAAAUCCAGCAGCAGACUUCGACGCUCUUGGCCGACCAAUACGGUACCCGCUUUCGCAGCAAUACAAAGAACCCGAAGAACCCGAAGAACUGGCCCUCCGGAUCAAGAGCCAAGAGCAGCUCAUCGCAACACACCGCAUCUUUCGAGGUCCAGUCCCACGACAACCAGCCCCAGGAGUCGACCCUCGCACCGCCGACGAAGACGCGGUGGCGCUCAGGGGAACCCUUGAGCUCGCCUUCCUAGCACCGUGCGAGAAGAAAGUCCUCUUCCUGCUGCGUCGUAGCCAGCGGGUUUCGCGCUUCAGGCCGCUGUUGGAGCCGCAGAAUGAACUCUUGUUAGUCAAUACGCUGGACUAUGACAACAUACUCGCAGCGCAGACGCUGGUGAGAGAGCUGCCGGACGAUGAGAGACAGUUGAUGUGGUCGAAUUUGCAUGGGCAGUUGCUGGCGCACCAGUCGUAUAUCUUGAGGUUGGUGUUGUUCCACCCUGAAAUCAGGAUUACGACACAUACUAGAGGUAGUGGUGUGGAAUCCCCCGAGCCGUUCGACAGGCCUGAGACAACCCAGUUCUUCAAUCAAGUACAGAUCCUCACCAAGACAGAUUCCCGAAAGAUCCGGUGGGGUCUUACGGCUACAGCGAGUCCCAACAAUGGUGCUCUUGUCAAGCGGGAACAAUCAGCACCUCGAUUGCGUCUUCGCGGUGGAGGAGACACAUCAUGGCGAAGCUUACGAACUUACCACGACCACCUCCGGUCCUCGCGAUCGGUGCGGCGCAUUGAAGAUGAAGAACGAGCGCCUACGAUCCUGUGGUGGCUUGCAGGCGGGAACAAUCGCCGCGGCCGCAGGAUCCCAACAGGAAGUGAGCUGCGAGCACGCCGCGCAGCUGAGAAGGAGAACAUGCAAUCGGUAGGCUUCUUCGGUACUGUCCGUGGCGUGAGGAGCCGAAAGGCACCGGCAACAAAAGCUGUUGCCGGCGAGACUAGCAAAGAGGAGCCCGAUGAUACUGCUGAAGCGCCGGCUCCAGACGCUGCCGAAGAGGUUGAUGAACCGAAAACGAGCCCUGCGGAGGCUUGGAGCGGAGCAGAUGACGCCAAUUCUGUUGCCGCCGAAGCUCCGGAGCCCAUAGAUGCGGCGGUCGUUUCAUCCAAGGCUGAAAGCGAGGUUGGUGCUACAGAGGUAGCCAAGCCGCCUCCUAACGGCUCAGAUCAUGGUGAAGAUGUUGGAGAAGGAGCUGGUGACACCCCAACCGGAGUCAGUGGCGGCGAUGAAUCUGCUACGGGCUGA